AUGCAAUUUACACUCGUUCUAAUUGGGGCGGCUUCACUUGCCUGGGCAGCACCCCCACCAGCUCUCGCUCCAAAAACUGCAAUCACUCCAACUCCAGCUUCAAUCGACAAUCUGGCACUCAAGCCAAUAGCAUUUCCCGGUCUUUCAUCAACAGUCCCAAAGGUAGCGGUAAAUUUACCAAAGGGGGGUCAUGCGAAGGAAACAGCGCAGGAUCAGCGAUUCUUCGAAGAUAUACCGGAAAGAUUUACAUCUAUGGACAGAAUGUGGGAUAUGUCGGGUAAUAUUCUAAAUGCCAUGGCUAACGGAACAAUUCCUCCCUCCGACGUAGCGAGCCUCAUUCAGAAGCUUUUCCGAGCCGCUCAAGCCACCUCAACCCCCCGGUCGGUUUCCGAGGCACUUAGAUUAGCUGGGAGCUCUUUUGAUAACGCAAAUCCAAAUCGCCCUCGAAAUUUGCUUGGAGCUGCUCUCGCAUUGAUGAUUAAUGGUUUUACGUCGGAUGACCUCAAAAAUACCAUUGAUGGCAAUCCCCCAGCUGCGCUGGUCAAUGAUAAUCCACCUGUGCCUGCCGAUAAGAAUUUUUACCAAAAGGACGGAAAUGCUCCGUUCUCGGUAUCGGAAGACGACCUACGUGCCGCAAUUCACGUCCCCUCGGGAUUCACCUGGGGUCAGAAACAGCCAGUCUUAAUGUCACCUGGUACUGGAUCGACAGGCUUAGAAACCUUUGAACAUAAUUUCGGUGGACUUUUAGCAUCUUCAAGCGUCGCUGAUCCUGUAUACCUCAUCGUACCGCAUACCCUUCUAGACGACGUACAAGUCAACGCUGAAUUUGUCGCAUAUGCUCUCCAAUAUCUAAAUGCGAUGACCAACCGAACUGUCGCUGCUGUCACAUGGUCGCAAGGCUCCGUUGACACUCAGUGGGCUCUCAAAUACUGGCCAUCAGUGCGAAAAAUUGUGACUGACCAUAUCCCCAUCUCUGGUGACUAUGGUGGUACAACACUGGCUUACCUCCUCUGCCCCGGAUUCAGCGCUGGAAAUCAAUAUCUCUGUACCCCAGCAAUUCUACAACAAACUCAGGGUGCUCGUUUCAUCCAUCAAUUGCGCUCCAACGAUGGAGACUCUGCCUUUGUGCCCACAACUAGCGUCUACUCGGCAGCCGAUGAGAUUGUGCAACCGCAACUCGGCGAAGGUGCAUCUGCCUUCAUCAAGGAUGUUCGUGGUGUUGGUGUAUCCAACAUCUACCUGCAGCGAGACUGUGCCUCGCAACCAAGCGGUGGCCUCUAUCUGCAUGAGGGUGUACUGUACAAUCCAACUGCCUAUGCCUUGAUCAUAGAUGCGCUCACCCAUGAUGGCCCAGGAAGUCUAUCGCGCGUGACAAAUAGUUGUCGUGAUAGCGUUGCCCCAGGGCUGAAUACUGCAAGCGUUAUUCAAGCCGAGACACUCAUUCCAUCCCUUUUAUACCGCGCAUUGACAUAUUCCUCGAAACUGGUCGAGGAACCAGCAAUUAAAAGUUACGCAACUUAUUGA